AUGGCGCGCGAUGAAGAAAUUCACGGGAAGAAGCGCCCGGCCCCAGCUGACCCCGAUGCGCAACCGCUAGCAAAGCGAUUUGGUCGACUCCGAAUCGAUAAUCGCGUGCCUAUCGCCGCUCGGGCCAAAUCCAAGGGGGAUUCUGAUCCCUCUCCACCGUCCGAUACCAUGCUGUUGGAUGACACUCCCCACACCACCUACAUUCAUAAUUUGGAGCAAGAAUUGGCCGACGUGGACUCGCCCGGUCUGGUCUUUGCCCCGUUCGCCGAGAAAGUGUUAUCGGUACCGCAAUCGGUGCUCUACACCAAACCCACGGGGACCGAGGUGGUUCUCUAUACCGAACCCACCUCGUUGACCGUGCCUCAGGAUCAUGAUAACGUGCGCAAGGCGAUCUUGGAGUCUCGAGCCCGGGCCCGAGAACGCAAUACGACGGCUGCCCUGUCGAGAACCAGUGACCCUGUUCCUACUGACACUACCACUACCAUGACUACAAUGGCUCCCGAGACUACGGAGGGAGAGGGGGAUGAGCAUGAUGCGAUGGAGAUUGACGAAUAG